AUGACUACUGAACGCAGUACACUAUCAGUCAACACAUCUCCAACUGUUUCUAGUACAUCUCCAGACAUCAGUACCAUGACGACCACUGAAAACAGCACACCAUCACUUAACACAUCUCCAACUGUGUCUAGUGUAUCUCCAGACAUCAGUUCCAUGACGACCACGGAAAACAGCACACCAUCAGUUAACACGUCUCCAACUGUGUCUAGUACAUCUCCAGACAUCAGUACCAUGAUGACUACUGAAAGCAGCACACCAUCAGUCAACACGUUACCAAUUUUGUCUAGUACAUAUCGAGACAUCAGUACCAUGAUGACUACUGAAAACAGCUCACCAUCAGUCAACAUAUCUCCAACUGUGCCUAGUACAUCUCCAGACAUCAGUACCAUGACGACCACUGAAAGCAGCACAUCAUCAGUCAACACGUCUCCAACAUUGUCGAGUACAUCUCCAGACAUCAGUACUAUGAUGACUACUGAAAGCAACACACCAUCAGUCAACACAUCUCCAAAUGUGUCUAGUACAUCUCCAGACAUCAGCACCAUGACGACCACUGAAAGCAGCACACAAUCAGUCAACUCGUCUCCGACAUUGUCUAGUACAUCCCGUGACAUCAGUACCAUGAUGACUAUUGAAAGCAGCUCACCAUCAGUCAACACGUAUACAACUGUGUAUAGUACAUCUCAAGACAUCAAUACCAUGAUGACUACUAAAAGCAGCACUUCAUCAGUCAACACAUCUACAACAUUGUCUAGUACAUCUCCAGACAUCAGUACUAUGAUGACUACUGAAAGCAGCACAAAAUCAGUCAAUACGUCUCCAAAAUUGACUAGUACAUCUCCAGACAUCAGUACCAUGACGACCACUGAAAACAGCACACCAUCAUUCAACAUGUCUCCAACAUUGUCUAGUACAUCUAUAGACAUCAGUACCAUGAUGACUACUGAAAGCAACACACCAUCAGUCAACACGUCUCCAAUAUUGUCUAGUACAUCUCCAGACAUCAGUACCAUGAUGACUACUGAAAGCAGCGCAUCAUCAGUCAACACGUCUCCAACUGGGUCUAGUACAUCUCCAGACAUCAGUACCAUUAUGACUACUGAAAGCAGCACAACAUCAGUCAACACGUCGCCAACUGUGUCUAGUGCAUCUCCAGACAUCAAUACCAUGACGACCACUGAAAACAGCACACCAUCAGUUAACACAUCUCCAACUGGGUCUAGUGUAUCUCCAGACAUCAGUACCAUGACGAUCACGGAAAACAGCACACCAUCAGUUAACACGUCUCCAACUGUGUCUACUACAUCUCCAGACAUCAGUACCAUGAUGACUACCGAAAGCAGCACACCAUCAGUCAACACGUUACCAAUUUUGUUUAGUACAUAUCGAGACAUCAGUACCAUGAUGACUACUGAAAACAGCACACCAUCAGUCAACAUAUCUCCAACUGUGCCUAGUACAUCUCCAGACAUCAGUACCAUGACGACCACUGAAAGCAGCACAUCAUCAGUCAACACGUCUCCGACAUUGUCUUGUACAUCUCCAGACAUCAGUACCAUGAUGACUACUGAAAGGAGCACACCAUCAGUCAACACAUCUCCAAAUGUGUCUAGUACAUCUCCAGACAUCAGCACCAUGACGACCACUGAAAGCAGCACACAAUCAGUCAACUCGUCUCCGACAUUGUCUAGUAUAUCCCGUGACAUCAGUACCAUGAUGACUAUUGAAAGCAGCUCACCAUCAGUCAACACUACAUCUCCAGACAUCAGUACCAUGACGACCACUGAAAACAGCACACCAUCAUUCAACAUGUCUCCAACAUUGUCUAGUACAUCUCCAGACAUCAUUACCAUGAAGACUACUGAAAGCAGCACACCAUCAGUCAAAACGUCUCCAAUAUUGUCUAGUACAUAUCAAGACAUCAGUAUCAUGAUGACUACUGAACACAGAUCACCAUCUGUCAACAUGUCUCCAACUCACACCAUCAGUCAACAGGUCUCCAACUGUGUCCAGUACAUCUUCAGACAUCAGUACCAUGAUGACUACUGA